UCUCUCUUCUCCACUGAGGCAACUGUCAAGUGAGACCCUUCACCAGUACUAUGGCGAAUACUAUGGCCAAGUUGCGGCAGUCACACAGUUGGGCACGCACAUGGGGAAUUUCCUGAUGCCAUACCUGGCCAUGUUCUGUCUGGAAGCCUAUGGGCUGAGGGGGAGUCUGUUGUUCCUGGGUGCGGUGGCCUUCCAUGGCGUAGCAGUAGGAGCGUCAUUGCGUCCUCCGCAGUGUCCACGCCGCCCACGCCCAUCCGAUGAUGUUGAGCUCGAUGAGCUUCAACGACUCCAACCCAGAGGCGGUUUGGCGGAUCAAACUAGAAUCGCUGCAAAUUCUAAAGAUCUACAACCCGAUGAAUGCACAGAGCAGAAUCAAACCUUAAGCACAACUUUGAAAGCGAUCCAAGAUAACAUUCACGAUACCCUUGAUUUUAUCAAAACGGAGCGUGUUUUUAUGUUUCUGAUGCUUCCCUGCCAGGUGUUGUUUGAUACAUCGUACUGCGCGUGGACAGUGUUUUUAUUCUCAUAUGGAAUAGCAGAAGGAUUGCCGGUGAAUACAUCAGUGUACCUGGUCAUGAUGGGCUCCAUUGGCGGUGUGACCGGAUGGCUUGUACUCAUAGCAGUCCUUUAUAAACAUCCACUGGCGACGCCUCACAUGUUGGCACUCGACCUCGGUGUAUCAUCCAUAGCGCUCCUAGCAUACCCUUUCAAUUCCUCACCAACCUACCUAGCCAUUUGUUCCUUUAUUGCCGGAUUCGGCUUCUACAAUUCUUACUCGACUUUCUAUGGUGCCGUCUCUGUGAAGGUGAAAACUGAAAACUUUCCAAAGGCCGUUGCUUGCUCUUUUAUGAUAUGUGGAAUCUCAUAUCUUAUUUCAGGAAUGCUCACAGGGUUCCUCUACGAUCUCGUCGGCUCAUUCAGGGGUGUCUUCCGUAUCUUUGGAGUAUCACUGGCUACCGCCAGUUUGGCAAUCUCCAUUACUCUCUGUGCCGAUUCCUCCAGGAGCAGGGAUUCUUAGGGAACAGUCGGACGAGUUCGCCUUGAGGGCAAGUUCGCCCAAAUGGCCAGUCCGCCCACCAGAUGAUUUCCCCUUUGCUUUGAUUGGAUAAAAAUGUUGCUGAUGAUGCAAUGACAUCCUACACGUAAAAGACGACAUACGUUGGCGAGAGGUCAUGUGCCCGGAAACUUACAGCGAAUUAUCCGUUUCUAUGCCAUGUUAGUAAAACAAAAGUAUUUAAGAUUUUGUAUAUUUUUCUAUAGACACUCAUGAAUGCAGUUUUGUAAGUUUUGCUGCUAGCAAGAUGUGAAAUGUUCGCUGUAGAAUAACAAAAAAACACACUAUGAUUUCAAUAGAUUGGAAGAACGACAGACUGUGCAAAAGAACGACAGAUUGAAGUAAAAAGGAGCAUGGUGGUUCAGGGAUAGAACGCCCAUCUCAUGAGCAGGAGUUCAUGAGUUUUAUUCCCGGCCGAGUCAUAUAUGAAGAUUCUAAAAAUAUAUAUAUGGGGCCUUCUGAUUUCUUUAGAGGUGAUCAUACGACGAAGAUGGUAUACAAUGGCCUGCAGGGUCUGGUAGAAGAUCAGCUCAUAGCUGAAAUGGCUACCAUGGGUAAAAAGGUUACACGGCACAUCAUCUUUGGAAACGUUAUAUAUAGAAAAGGGAUUAUUUUAUCAUCUAUUUACUCAUAGUAGUAGUAGUAGUAGUAGUAGUAGUAGUAAUAUAGUAGUAGUAGUAGCCUAAUAAUAAUAAUAUAGUUGUAGUAGUAGUAGUAGUAAUGGUGGUAGAAGUAAUAGCAGCAUUGGUAGUAGUAGUAGCAUUAGUAGUAGUAGUUAUAAUAUAGUAGUAGUAGUAGUAGUAGUGGUGGUGGUAGAAGUAGUAGCAGCAGUAGUAGUCGUACUAUCAUUUGCAGAAGUUCAAGACCACCUGAAAUUUUGUGUGUAUAGCACAUGUAUUAUGUAAUUUACCAGAAGGCUUAUAUACUGUAAUGCUGCAUUAAAAAGGGGACUAUAUUUUAUUUGUUAAUAUAAUGGUAAUAUACUGUAUUAGCUUCAUUAAAAACUGGCCUAUUUUCUA